CAGAGCAGACCUCCUCUCUACUCCUCCCCCUCCUCUUCCUCCUCUUCCUGCAGGCUUCAGCCUCAGUUUGACUGAGCGUCUUUAACUGAGCACAUCGGCAGACCAAGCAGGAACUCAACAGAGAGCUUCAGUCGUGGCUUGGUUGUUACCCUGACAAUGAUGAGCCGUGUACUGAGGAUGAUGGGAAAUGUUGCGACUCUGACUCGUCCAACGGAGGUGGUGAAAGAGACAAAGAGGGCGAUCUACAGUAAACCUCCUCGGAACCAGAUUGGAGCUGCGCAAAGUUUCUUCGUGAUGUCAGUGUUUGCAGCAGCCAUGAUGGGUCCUGCAGCGUGGAUCCUCCAUCACCUGCCAGAGUACCGCCAGAGAGUGCAGCGAAGUCCCAGGACCUGACCCUCAUCAUCUUCAUCUUCAUCUUCAUCACCAUCAAUAGAUCAUCAUUGUCACCAGAUUGUCACAUUUGUCCAGCUGAAGGUUAGGGUUAAGGUCCUCUUCCUCGUCACCCUAAUUUCAAGUUCUGAAUAUCAGUUGAGGUGAUCACAUGGCUUUAUAUUCAA